CACGCGCCACGGAAGCUUGAAAAUUAGUAAUUAAAUGGCAAUAUAAUAUUUUGUUUCCGUGUUCGAAAAAUCAUUUAGUUUUCUAUGUCGUUUUUGCAGUUAAAUAACGUUAAACUUUUUGUUUAAUUUUCGUAUUUAACUAUAAUACUGUUCGGCGUUCACCGUACAAUCGUGUACUUAUAUUAUAUUUAUUAAAUUUGUGUGCAUUUUAACUGCCUAUUGCAUUGUGGGAUUGCUGUUCUUCGUUUCUUAUAGUAAAAUAUGUGGUCAGUUGUAAAUUUUACUGAUGACAAUGGAGUUGCAGUUGUGCCAUCAUUUUGGGUCAAAGGAAAUAAAUCUGCUUGGCCAAAAAAAAACGCAAAUCACUUUAUUAAACAAAGAUUAGUACCAAAUAAAUAUGAUUUCGAGUAUUUAUCAAUUAAAAAAAAAAUGUGCAAGGACUUAGAUGAUUAUUUUCAGGCUAAGGUCCGAGCAAAAAAGUCUGAAAAUACUUCGAAUGUUUCAUCUUCAUCAUAUGAAACAGAUGAUGAAAUCAGAACUAGGCAAAAGAAGGCAACAAAAAAAGAAUAUAAUAAAAUAGUGAAAAUUCAAAAAAACAAAGCAAUUAAAAAACCAGCAUGGAGUCCAGAUUCCAUUAAAAGUCUAGGGUCAUGUAAGGAAAUUGAAGAGAAUACUAAUUGUGACAAUGCGUUCAAUAAUCCAGAUAACAUACAUAUCGAUACUCCACCUUCUAGGAAUAAAAUUAUUAUUGAUAAAGUAUUAUCGAGCAACCAAUCAGUUAAAAGACAAUUAGAUUUUUUUGAUGAGCUAUCUUUGAGCCCAGAGUUAAUACCAACUGCCGAAGUACUUAGUACAUACUAUAAUGCACAAGAUGAUGCUUAAGAAAUAAUUUAUACAUCCUCGUCACCCUUUAAAGUUUCCAGGACUAGUGCUAUAAUUGGUAACUCAGCAUUAGAUGCACAAGAAGUUAUUGAUACAUCCUCGUCGCCCUUUAAAGAUUCCAGGACCAGUGCUACAAUUGAUAACUCUGCAUUAGACAUACUAAAAAAGAUAAAUAGAACCACAUUAAACACAUGGUAUGAAAUAAAGACUAUAAGCGAAAGAUUAGAAAAUAUUGAAAAAUGUAUGACAAAUAAAACAAAUAUAUUUGAACUUCAUGAAACAACAUUGCAAGGAAUUGAUCAUGUACUGCAACACAUACUUUCUAAUUUACCAUUAAAAACAGAAGAAGAUCUUUCAAUAUUUGAAGAAAAAUUAACUGAUAUCCAGAUAAAAAAAAAAUGGUCGAAGAAUUAUCACGGUUAGCUCGCAACAAUAUAGGUGGCACAGUUCGAACAAUUCUAAGAUUUUUUUUUACUGAUGAAUUACUAAAGGAAUUUAGUUACAAAGGACAAAAAAAGAAAAAGGUUUUCUCAGUCUUGGCCACAUGUUCCUUAAUAUUCGGUAAGAAAGAUGAUAACAUAAUAUUCUUUUAUAUUCUAUUUCUUCUGAAAGUUUAUUUUUCAAUUUUAUCCUAUAAUAGUAUAAUACCAAUAUACCUACGUAUAAAUUAACCAAAUAUAUAAUAAUUAUAAUUUGGAUCAUUACAAGAAUUAUGCCAGGCUCGCGCAUGGGACUUACCGAAGUACGAGUAUAGUCAAGGCAUCAAAGGUUUAUCAAAAAAUCAGAAAAAGUUUUAUACAGUAAAAUGUUCUGCGGCCUGCGGGGCCAUUUGUAUCAGAAGGUGUUGGUAAAAAUAAAAAGAUGGCGAAACGGGAUCAAUUGAUUGCAAAAUUACAGUAACGACUAACGGUACAAUAAUGGUUAGAUUAAAGAAUAUUUGAUGUAUUUUAAUACAGAUUUGUAACUGCACAAUAGUUAAUAAAAGACAUGAUGAGCAAUCGACACCAACUUAAUUUUUCAAGGUAGUGUAAUUAAGAAAUAUUUUGAUUGUAACUAUAAAAUAUAAAAAAUGUCAUUUGAUGCUUGAAAAUGCUUGUUUUUUCGCCAUCUUUUUAUUUUUACCAACACCUUCUGAUACAAAUGGCCCCGCAGAACAUUUUACUGUAUAAAACUUUUUCUGAUUUUUUGAUAAACCUUUGAUGCCUUGACUAUACUCGUACUAUACUCGUUCUCUAACGCCGCCGUCUCGAUAACGCGUUUUUCUUAGGUUAGGUUCGAUUAUUACGCGGGUUUUCGACGAUUUUAUUAUUUUUCGAUUUUUUUUUUAGUCCUUUAAAUUGACUAUGGUGUAAUGUGUAAUACGUUUUAAUGUAUACUGUAACAAUUUCUCUGAAUAAAUUAUAUAUAUUAUUAUUUCCUAUAUUAAAUAUUGUUAUAUAUUGUAUUGUACAAUUGAUACCUAUUUGAUUUGUUUUAAUGUUUUGCCUAAUAUAUUGGACUAUUAUAAUAGAUACCUACAACACACUGACACUGUACAUAUGGAUAAGAAAUAAGAGUUUAUACAGUGUAUAGUUAUGAUUAUGAUUAUAAGUGUGACAUUUCAAUACAUACAAUGUGUUGUAUUAUAUGUAUGAAUAUUUUAUAAGAGAUGUUAGUACGUAAGAAAUAAGUUAAGCAAUAGUUAAUUAUUCACAGAAAUAGGUUAAAAUAACAAUUGUGCAAUUCGGUGCCAGUAAACUUUAUAUUACAGUUAGCAUAGUAAGCAAGAUAUAAUAAUAAGGAAUGUAAAUUAAUUUGUUUAAUAAUUUACUAAUCGGGUUAAAAUAACAAUUACACAAUAAUCAUAGUAUCUAUAAUUGUAAAUUUAACGUAGUAAUAGAAAAAUGUAGAACAAUCGAUAAGUAAUUCGAUUGUAAGUGUAAUAUAUAAGUGAGAUGGCUAAGACAGCAAGGGGGUCAGUGGUGGUGAUCGUGUGACUCGAUCACCACCGGACAUCGUGUUCAAACUUCAAAUAAAGUAUUUUGCGUUAUUUUGUGUUUAACUUUAUUUUGGUAUACGUCCGAGUAAUCGGCGUAUACGACAAAUGGUAUGAGGUAUACCAAUAUAUAUAUAUACUUCCUUAUAUUACUGUGUGUGUAUACUUAAGCAGAAUUGUUAUGACUGAAUAUAAUAUGUUGGAUGGACAUAGGACAUGUUAUUAUAG